AUGCGUGCUCGAUUCAAAGGCCCAGCCGGCACCGGCAUCCUCGAGCUGCCGGACGAUGCUACUGUUCAAGCCCUCUUUGAUGAAAUUCGGAUAAAGACUGGCAUUUCCAAAUUCGGUGUGAGAUACGGUCUGCCGAUGGCGAUGAAAUCUCUCGAAGCUACCCAGGGUGAUCAGAUUGCUCGAUCUCUUGGUCUUCACGGCGAGACACUUACCAUAGUUCCCGAGGAGUCAUCAUCUGCCUCUGUCGAGACUGUCCCGACCGGGACCCCCCAAAGCCAAGUUACGGCAUCCAAGGCAUCGAAGAAGAAUGAAAGUCCGGAGGAUGUGAACGUGCCGUGGCCUCAAAGAGAGGGUACUCUUCUGUUACGAGUGAUGCCCAGUGACAAUAGCUGUCUGUUCACCGCGUUCGGAGGCGCAUUGCAAAAUCAACUUUCUGCGCAAAACUUGAGACGAAUGAUGGCAGACUAUAUCCUCCAACAUCCAGAAGAAUAUUCGGAAGCCGUUCUUGGCAGUCCACCCAGCCAAUACUGCCGCAGCAUCCAGGACCCGGACAGAUGGGGUGGUGGCAUUGAGCUCAGCAUACUAUCCUCCAUCUUUGACAUACAAAUAUGUACUUUCGAUGUUCAGACACAGAGUAAAAUUGAGUUCGGGGAGGAAAAGCAGGAUCGCUGCAUUCUCGUGUACUCCGGGAUUCAUUAUGACCGGGUUGCCUUCAGCUGCACUGACCCCCCUUACAAUUCCUCUACCUUACCCCCUGAAUAUGACCAGGCUGUCUGGCCUACUGGUGACGACGAUGUUCUCAAAAAGACCAAAGAGCUCAUUCAAAAGCUGAACAAAGCGCAUUACUACACAGACACGGACGGGUUGAUCUUGAGAUGCGACGUGCCAGGAUGCGACUGGAUCGGCAGUGGCCAGCUUGAAGGGCAAAAGCAUGCAGAGGCAACGGGUCACGUUGACUUGAGCGAAAUUCAAGAUGAGGGUGACAGCAUCCUACGUAAGUGCGAUGCACCUGGUUGCGACUUCAUCGGGCAGGGAGACAAAGCUGUCAGACAACACCGUGCCGACACCGCUCACCAAAACUUCUCCGUCAUCCAUGACGCCUGA